GGCGGGAGCUCAGGACCCGCGCCUUCUCCUUGCUUCUUGGGGUCGUGGCCUUGCUCCCGUCGUGCGAGGAGAGGUCGGGCACGUUCACGCGCGUCUGUGCGCGUGGGGCCUGAAGUGCUCGUGGGUCCGCACUAGGUCUCUGCGGGAGCAGCAGCAGAAGCCAUGGGCGGGACCGCCAGCACCCGCCGGGUCACCUUCGAGGCGGACGAGAAUGAGAACAUCACCGUGGUGAAGGGCAUCCGGCUUUCAGAAAAUGUGAUUGAUCGCAUGAAGGAAACCUCUCCAUCUGCCUCGAAGUCGCAGCGGUAUUCUGGUGCUUAUGGUGCCUCAGUUUCUGAUGAAGAAUUGAAAAGAAGAGUGGCUGAGGAGCUGGCACUGGAGCAAGCCAAGAAAGAAUCCGAAAAUCAGAAACGACUAAAGCAAAGCAGUGAAGUGGAUCAAGAAAGGGCUUUUGCCAAUGAGCAGUUAACCAGAGCUAUUCUCCGCGAGAGGAUAUCAAGUGAGGAGGAGCGUGCAAAGGCGAAGCACCUGGCUAAGCAGCUGGAAGAGAAAGAUCGAGUGAUAAAGAAGCAGGAUGCAUUCUACAAAGAGCAGCUGGCUAGACUGGAGGAGAGGAGCUCAGAGUUCUACAAAGUCACCACUGAACAAUAUCAGAAAGCUGCUGAAGAGGUGGAAGCAAAGUUUAAGCGGUAUGAGUUUCAUCCAGUCUGUGCUGAUCUGCAGGCCCAAAUUCUCCAGUGUUACCGCCAGAACACCCAGCAGACUCUCAGCUGCUCUGCUCUGGCCACCCAGUACAUGCGCUGCGUCAAUCAGGCCAAACAGAGCAUGCUUGAGAAGGGAGGAUAAAGUCAACUUGUAGAACAAGCAAAACUCCUUCAACGUUAAUUCCAGAGGUGGAACAUUUUUUUUCCUAGUAAGAAAGUAAUCCAUUUAAAGAGAAGACCAUUACAGAGAAGCACCAGAGAGCAGAUUCAACAGAAGCCUAUCACCAUUUGAUCAGCGACGAUUUGAAAAGCCAAGGCCUAGAUCAGGGAUCAGCCAUCAAGGGCACGCUGCAGUGUUAGUAAACCCGUUUAUGACGAUGAAAAGAGAAAGGCAGCCCUCUCCACCUUUUGUACUUGCUGUGCAACUUUCUCCUCUCAUCAAGCUCCAUCGUUUGGUGAACUCACUCCAACAAAGCUUGGGGGCCGAGAUGGGGGCCAAGGUAAUUGGAGUGGAGAGAGGGGAGGGCAGAAAACCUCCAAUUCGUGGCAGCAGUGCUGGGCAGAGUUGUCUAGGCUGUGUCAUGUUGGGUUUCUAUCUUUUUAUUUUCUCCCUUGACUAUAUAAGAGCUAUUUCAUUUUUAACUUAUUAUGGUGAUCAUGUAAGUAAGAAGACAAAAAGGAGAGAAAAUGUACCUCUUUUACUGGAAUAAUGUUUAUGAUUACAAGUGAAAUAAGGCAUUUUUUUUAUCAACAUAAAGGCAGCCUUGGCUUAUACAACCGCUUCUCCAUCAUGAAUACUGACAUCUUUACUUCAGUCACUAUCAAUAAUAAAUAUAUUUUCUGACAAAGA